AGACUCCUUCCACGCACGGGGGCCGAACUCCUCCGCAUUCGCGUCACUGUCGCACGCAGCGCCGUUUUUCCUCCGUUUGCAUAUACACGCACACAUCCGCGCCAACUGUGGGCAGCUGCUUUUGCGUAGAUGCGCGCGUCCACUGCGCGUCCACUGCGCGUCUGAGUGCUGCGGGGGCAGCGCUGUGCGUUGACACGGCGACGUGCCGCACCAUCACGCUGAGCCGCCCUGACGCUCUCAACGUCAUUGAUCUGCCCAUGGUCAAGGAUCUUCAUCGACUGUACAUCACCGAGCCGCACCCUCACAAGGAUGCGCUGUACGUCUUGCGCGGCGACGGCCGCCGCAGCUUCUGCGCCGGCGGUGACGUGAAGGCCCUCGUCGCCGCGCAUCAAGCGCAGGACAAUCAUACCUUCUACACCACGGAGUACCGGGUGGAUGCGUAUAUUGCGACGAUGCCGCAGGCGCAGGUGGUGAUGUGGGCGGGACACGUGCUGGGCAGCGGCGUCGGUGUGUCCCUCCACGGCCGCCAUCGGGUGGCGUGCGAGACCACGCGUUUUGCGAUGCCCGAGACGCACAUCGGUGCCGUGAACGACGUGGGCACCGGCUGGGUGUUCUCGUCGAUCCCGGUGAAGGGCCUGGGUGCGUACAUGGUCAUCACGGGCGGCGCGCUGAAGGGGGCGGACGUCUACCAUGCCGGCCUGGCGAACCAUUACAUACCGCUGGAGAAGUACGAUGCGGUGGAGGCCGCCUUGGCUACGCUGCCCGGCGAGGCUGCUGCGGCGAGCUGCCUCGACGCGUUCGCUGCGAAUGUGGCGGUGCCGCCGUUUACGCUGGCGGGGCAGGAGGCCGUCAUUGCCAAAGCGUUUGGCGAUGCCGAGGAGAGCACGAGACUGCAAGACAUCAUGGAAAAGCUUCGUGCAGAUGACUCGGCGUUUGCGCUGGACACGCUGAAGCUCAUGGAGCGCAUUUCGCCGUUUGGCAUGGUGCUUGCGCUGGAAAACAUGAAGCGUCAGCACACACCGGCGUGCAACAGCCUGUUGGACUGCCUCCGUGGUGACUUUGCGGAGGUUACGUCGGCUGAUGUCAAGCGCGAGCUGGCCAUUGGAGUGAAGGCGCUGCUUGUGGCGAAGGAGAAGUACCCCAAGUGGACGCACAAGUCUGUGCAGGAUGUCGAUGUGGCGGCGACGCGUAACUUGUUCACACUUCCACCUGGCAUGGCUUCGUUCUGA